CUAAGAAGAAAAUCAAGAGAAAAAUCUAUCCAGAAAUUAAAAUUUUAAAUUAGGAUUUAGUUCAUUUAAGUUACUAUCUAGGUGAAAUUUGUGAUAAUAUUGAUGGUAUAAAUUAUAUGAAUUCGACUGAAUUCUGUUUAAAAUGUCGAACUAUAAAGACACCAAAAAUAAAUCCGCUCUUAGCACAAGAUGGGCACAGAUGUCCAAACAGGAACAAAUUAUUGAAAGAAAGAAGAUGGAGAUUCAGGCUAAGGCGGAGGCUCAGAAGCAAGCCGCUGCACUUGCUGCACAAGUAAAAUUGAACAACUCUAAUAAUCAAGAUGAGAAAUCAGGGAACAUAUUUUCCAAUGAUGGCUCUUUUAUGAGUCAAUAUAAAGCUUUACUAGAAAAACAAAAACAAGAAAAGGAAAGAAUAGAACAGGAAAAGGUGGAAGAGGAAAAGAAAUCAAAAAAGAUUGAAACGAAAGUUAAAGCAGAGGCAACACAAGUUAAAGAUGAUAAUGAUGAUGAAGACAGUAGAGAUGACUAUAAUGAAGAUUCAGAUGAAAAUGUGUCAAAUGAAAGAUCAAGGGAGACACAAAGAAGGUGGAAUAACAGAGGCAGAAAUAGUCCUACAACUCCAGUUGUAGAAGAUAGAAAAAAAAUGAAUGAGAAGCAAAUCCCUCCGUUAAUGAAUAUUUCUGUUAGAUCACAGGAGAGUCAUUCAUCUAAUUCCCUUAAACAGUGGAAUUCUUAUGGUGGUUCUGAUACUGAAUCCGAAACACAUAUUGAUGACAAAAAGGCAUCUCCACAAGACUCUGCGAGUGGUCCAGCUGGCCCUGGAAUGAUGGGACAAGGUCCAAUUGGUCUAGGGCCUAUGGGGCAAGGACCCAUGGGACCCACACACAUGGGUCCGAGACAUAUGGGCCCUGGUCCAAUGGGGCCGAGACCUAUGGGACUCGGUCCCAUGAGUUCAGGUCCAAUGGGUCCCAAUAUGGAUUCUAUGGGACCAGGACCAAUGCGUCCAAUGGGACCACAUGGUCCAGGCCCAAUGAACAUGGGACCAAAUAUGUCAUCUGGUCCCAGACAAAAUAUGGGUCAUGGGCCUAGACAUAUGAAUGGGCCUGGUGGACCUAACAUGCCUCCUAUGCCACCAUUUUUCGGUGGGCCCCCAAAUUGUCCAAUGCCACCAAAUUUUAUGGGUCCGAAUGGACCUCGAGGCCCUUGUGGUCCUGGUGGCAUGCCACCAAAUAUGUGUGGUCCUAAUAUGCGUGGCCAUGGUCCGAUGCCGCCAUUCUUUGGGCCUCCUUUUCCAAAUCCUGGAAUGAUGGGUCCUAAUGGACCGCCUAAUUCAAUGAUGCCAUCUAAUGCUAUGCCUUUUAUGGGGUCACCUCCCUUUGGCCCCAAUGGACCCAACUUUGGCAACAGACCACCUUUUGGACCUAACGGCCCUCCAAAUAUGCCAUUUAUGCCCCCUACCUCAAUGCCGCCUAACUCAUUACAUACCAUUCCGGAACCAAAGCCUCUAGAUGCAGUCAGCAUUCCACCUCCAGAACCCAUAAAACUUCAGAAUAUUCCACCACCAAUGCCUUUGCCACUGAAUCAUAUACCGAAACCUAAGGAAUUGGAUCCUGAUAAUACUUCUGCGACAUCAAAUUCCUCACAAGUUCUCUCUGCAGAUGUGCUCCCGCCGCCCGCGCAGCGCGCCGCAGCUGAGGUCGCCAGCAACGGCGACCAUUGGGAAAAUGUCCUGAAAGCAAUACAUACACAAGACCAAAAUUUGUGGUUCCUACAUAAUACGAAUUCUAAUGAGUACAAGGCGUUCCGUGAGCUGGUGAUGAAACUUCGUAAGGAGGGUGGUGAUGACAAGAGCCAAGUGAAACCCGAAGACAAAUAUGAACCUGAGUUCUGUUUGGAGGAUGAUGAUAGUUAUGAUGAAAGCAAGCCUAUUAAACAAGAAGCAUGUGAUGGAGAUUCAAAACAAGAUGAUGGCGAUCCGAAUAGUAAAGAGGCUGAGGCUCGCAGAAGGGAGAGGAAGAGGAAGUCCCGUUGGGGAGAGGACCCUCCCGCCGACAUCAAGCCUCCCGGUAUAGCCCCCCCUCUACCACCAAUGUUGCCAGGUGCGAAAUUAGCUAAAAUUGAUGAGGAAGGUAUGAAGCUGACCAACAUUCACCGCAACAAUCCCGCACUGAUGCAGUACGCGAUGACAAACUAUGGCACCACCAACCUUAGUGUGGAUGAUUGGAAGAAAUGCGAGGAUAACUUUAAACUUAACCUCUUGUAUCAAGACAUGUUAAAAAAGAGACAAGAAGUGGAUCGUCUAGCUGCGGCGGGUAAACACAAAUACGAGUAUGACAGCGAUGAAGAUACAUCUGAAGGCACUUGGGAACAUAGAUUAAGAGCAAAGGAGAUGUGCGCGACAGAGAAAUGGGCGACAGAACUUACUAAACAGGCGGCUGGAAAACAUCACAUUGGCGAUUUCUUACCACCUGAAGAACUCAGGAAAUUUAUGGAGAAGUAUUCAGCUAUCAAGAGCGGCAAGGAGCCAGAUUUGAGUGAUUAUAAAGAAUUUAAACUAAAAGAAGAUAAUAUUGGUUUCAAGAUGCUGCAGAAACUGGGCUGGAAUGAAGGUCAAGGUCUAGGCGCUGAAGGUGGUGGUAUUGUAGAACCUAUUAACAAGGCACCGCAGCCGGUAGCCAAUUUGGGUUUAGGCGCUGCGGCGGCGGAAGUUGUGAAUUCAGAGGACGAUGAGUUCGACGCCUACAGAAAGCGUAUGAUGCUCGCCUACAGAUUCAGACCCAACCCCCUCAAUAAUCCAAGACGACCAUAUUAUUAAACUGCAGAAAACGUGGUUCUAUUGAA